AACUAUAAAAAAAAAAACCUUUUUAUUAUCUCGGUGCCUUUUCCGGUGAUCCGAUGGCAACUUUUGCGAUGGAGAAAGCUGCCUCGAUAAUCACGGCUCAUAUUUCCCCAUCUCAAUUUCCAGAAAUACCCUUCCGUUAACCCUUAUUUACCAACUCAGCCAAAAAAACCCACGCAAUUUCUCAGCGCAUGAUGGGGUAUUUUUAUGAAUUUAGCAUGUUUGUAAUUAGGAAUUCACGAGCCAUUCUUCACGAGGAUGAUAUGCCGCGUGUCAAUCGCUCGACCUCGCUUCCUGGGUAAAUGAGCAAUUGAGGGCCACUGGGAUUUUUCCCGCUUUUGAAAGAAAAACCACUGAGAAAAAAUAUUAAUAUUUCAACCUGUUAUCCUCUCUGGACUAAGAGACCAGAGAUAGAGAGAAAGAGAGCCAACCAACGGCAUCGACUUUUAAUGAAUUGUAUUCGCAAAUGGUAUAAUUAAUUCUCAGCUUCAAUCUAGUUGUUUUCAGCAAUGGCUAUCGGCAGCCUGAUUUGUAGCCGGAAUUUCGAUUCUUUUGUCGGCUCAGCAGGGAAAGUUUGUCAUCAAGAACAAUCAAUUUCAUAUCAUAAGGGAGAGCUAUCAGGAAUAGCUGCUGCAAGGUUUCCACAUGGGAGCUUCUUCUAUCAAAAGUUUCAUAGCCGGAUGGCCAUUGCUUUUACUCCUGGAUUCUCAUGUUCCCCAUUUAUUCAACAAAAAAAUAUUGGAAGAUAUGAGUGUUCUUCAUAUUCCUCUGUUGGUAAUUGGUGUCAGCUGAGCAAAAGGCAAUGUCGGCAUUUUGACUAUGUCAAGGUCAAUCGAACCCGUGCUUACUACAAAUCCGAGGAAUAUGACAUAACAGAUGCUGCUUUGGACUCAUUGAAGUGCACAGAGGGGUCAGCUGAGGCUGUGUUAAUUGAAGGAAAUCUUCAAGAAACUUCACCUUGGUGGCAACAGUUUCCUAAACGUUGGGUGAUUGUGCUACUCUGUUUUUGUGCAUUUCUAUUAUGCAACAUGGACCGUGUAAACAUGAGCAUUGCAAUACUUCCAAUGUCACAAGAGUUCAAUUGGAACAGUGCAACAGUUGGUUUAAUUCAGUCCUCAUUUUUCUGGGGCUACCUUAUGACUCAGAUUCUUGGAGGCAUUUGGGCAGAUAAAAUAGGUGGAAAGUUAGUCUUGGGUUUUGGAGUGGUCUGGUGGUCUGUAGCUACAGUUUUGACUCCUAUUGCUGCAAGAAUUGGACUCCCUUUUCUGCUGAUGAUGCGUGCUUUCAUGGGACUUGGAGAGGGUGUUGCUAUGCCUGCUAUGAAUAACAUUCUUUCUAAGUGGAUUCCAGUGUCAGAGAGAAGCAGAUCACUUGCCUUAGUUUAUAGUGGCAUGUAUCUAGGUUCUGUCACAGGAUUGGCCGUCUCUCCUAUUCUAAUCCAUAAAUUUGGGUGGCCUUCUGUCUUCUAUUUAUUUGGCUCCCUGGGCAGCAUCUGGUUUGCUUUAUGGCUAAGAAAGGCAUAUAGCUCACCGAAGGACGACCCAGAGCUUAGUGCACAGGAAGAAAAACUUAUCUUGUGGGGCAGCACAUCAAAGGAACCUGUUUCUGUUAUUCCUUGGAAAUUAAUAUUAUCAAAAGCACCUGUUUGGGCACUUAUUAUUUCUCACUUCUGCCAUAAUUGGGGUACCUUUAUUCUUUUAACAUGGAUGCCUACAUACUACAAUCAGGUUUUGAAGUUUAACCUCACUGAAUCUGGUCUAUUCUGCGUCUUGCCAUGGUUAACCAUGGCUCUUUUUGCAAAUAUUGGAGGGUGGAUUGCUGACACACUUGUAAGCAAAGGUCUUUCCAUAACUGCAGUUCGAAAGAUCAUGCAAUCAAUUGGGUUUUUAGGACCAGCCUUCUUUCUUACUCAGUUGAGUCAUGUUAGGACUCCUGCCAUGGCUGUACUGUGCAUGGCAUGCAGUCAGGGAUCUGAUGCAUUCUCUCAGUCUGGUCUAUAUUCCAACCACCAAGACAUUGGCCCCCGUUAUGCUGGAGUUCUGUUAGGACUAUCAAAUACUGCGGGAGUGCUUGCUGGUGUUUUUGGCACUGCUGCAACUGGCUACAUUCUCCAAAGAGGUUCUUGGGAUGAUGUGUUUAAGGUGGCUGUAGUAUUGUACAUCAUAGGCACGUUAGUGUGGAACAUCUUUUCCACUGGAGAGAAAGUUCUUGACUAGAUCAAGGGGUGCAGGAAUGGGGUGAGGAUGCUCUACAUAAUGAAGAUGCAGUUUACGUAGCUAAGGAGAUCCAAGCGUAAAGAAAUUGAAGUAGUAAUGAGAAAAAGAUGAAAAAAAAAACCCACAUUUGCAAGAUUGAAAACCUUGCUGAAACAAUUAAAAGCUAAGAAGCCCUCGUCGAAGUUUUGCCGCCACCUUUUAGUCCUUUAUUUGCUCUGACAUAUUUUGGGUUGGCUUUAAAAGACCUUUUUAUCAGUUAUAUCUCCUUUUGUUUUCUUUUGCUAAUCAAGAAAGUGGUCCUUUCUUUUUCAUUUACAUGUUUUGCCAUGUAGAUGAAAUGUGGAAUUGCAGCCAUACAAUACAUGCUUUAUGUAUAGAACAUCAUUCAUCCA